AUGGGAGACCGGCUGCACGUCCGGAGAGUCGCCCGCAUGUUGCUCCCCGUGGCCGUCGGCGUGCUGACCCUUCUGCCUCACGGCCUUCUGGGUGAGCCGGCGGAGAACGGCAGGGCGAGCGGGUCGGCGCCGCUCCAGAGGGUGAAGCGAGGCUGGGUGUGGAACCAGUUCUUCGUCCUGGAGGAGUACACCGGCCUGGAGCCGCUCUACAUCGGGAAGCUCCACUCAGACAUGGACGAAGGAGACGGCUCGAUUAAGUACAUCCUGACGGGCGAGGGCGCGGGCACCACGUUCACCAUCGACGACAGCACGGGCGACAUCCACGCCAUCCAGCGGCUGGACAGGGAAGUGAAAGCCCAGUACGUCCUGCGCGCCCAGGCCCGGAACCGCCUGACGGACAGGCCCCUGGAGCCCGAGUCCGAGUUCAUCGUCAAGAUCCAGGACAUCAACGACAACGAGCCAAAGUUCCUGGACGGACCCUACCAGGCCACCGUACCUGAAAUGUCCAAAAUAGGAACAUCUGUGAUCCAGCUCACUGCUACCGAUGCGGAUGACCCCACAUAUGGCAACAGCGCACGUGUGGUCUACAGCAUCCUGGAGGGCCAGCCGUACUUCUCGGUGGAUGCCAAGACCGGCCUGGUCCGUGUCUCCCUGGCAGACAUGGACAGAGAGACCAAGGAAAACUACACCGUGGUCAUCCAGGCAAAGGACAUGGGCGGCCAGCUGGGUGGGCUGGCCGGGACAACCACCAUCAACAUCACUCUCACCGACAUCAACGACAACCCACCCAUGUUUGAUCAGAGGCUUUAUCAGAUGAGCGUCCCAGAGUCGGCUCCAGUGGGGUCAGUGGUGGGUCGUAUCUGGGCUAAAGACAGGGAUACUGGGCCCAACGCUGAGAUGAAGUACAGCAUCAUUGAUGGAGAUGGCAGGGACACCUUUGACAUCAGCACUGACCCCACCAAUCUAUUCGGCAUCAUCACUAUAAAAAAGCCGCUCAACUUUGAGAACAAGCCCAGUUACACUCUCAAGGUGGAGGGCGCCAACAUCCACCUGGAUCCCGCUCUCCGCCACCGCGGGCCCUUCAAGGACGUCACCAUCGUACACGUGAGCGUAGAGGACGUGGACGAGCCCCCGGUGUUCGACUCUCCGGCCUACUACAUCGAGCUGCCAGAGGAUGCUGAGAUCGGGACAGUGGUGAAAACAGUCUCAGCGAGGGAUCCAGACGCUGCCAACAACACUGUGAGGUACUCCAUCGAGAGAUCCAGCGACCCCGGGAAGUACUUCUACAUCGAAAUCACUUCCGGGUCGCUGAUGACGGUGCGGUCGCUGGACCGAGAGGAAGUCGCCUGGCACAACAUCACCGUCCUCGCCAUGGAGAUGAAUAACCCCACGCAGAUCGCGAGCGUGUCGGUGGCGGUGAAAGUCAUGGAUGUGAAUGAUAAUCCUCCCUCGCUGACGCAGUACUUUGAGGCUUACGUCUGCGAAAAUGCCAAAGCGGGGCAGCUGAUCCAGACGGUGACGGCAGUGGAUCCAGAUGAGCCCCUGGGCGGACAGCACUUCUACUACAGCUUGGCUCCGGAAGCCGCCAACAACCCAAACUUCACGCUGAGAGACAACCAAGACAACACGGCGUGGAUCCUGACGCGGCGUGGCGGCUGGUCCCAGCAGGACCAGACCGUCUUCUACCUGCCAAUCUUCAUCUCCGACGGCGAGCAGCCGGUCCAGAGCAGCACCAGCACGCUGACCAUCCGUGUGUGCAGCUGCGACCAGGAGGGCAACGUCAUGUCCUGCAACGCCGAGGCCUACAGCCUGCCCGCCAGCCUGAGCCGAGGAGCCCUCAUCGCCAUCCUGGCCUGCAUCUUCGUCCUGCUGGUGAUGAUCCUGCUCAUGCUCUCCCUGCGCACCCACCGCAAGAAGCCCUACCUGUGCGACGAGGAGGAGAACGUGCACGAGAACAUCGUCCGCUACGACGACGAAGGCGGCGGUGAGGAGGACACGGAGGCCUUCGACAUCGCCGCCAUGUGGAACCCGCGCGAGGCCCACCACCACCUGGGCAAGAUGAGGCAGGACAUGCUGCCGGAGAUCGAGAGCCUGUCGCGCUACGUCCCGCAGGCCUGCGUGAUGGGCGGCGGCGGCGGGGACAGCAACGUCCACGGCUACGUCCUGGCCAAGCUCCUGGAGGCCGACAUGGACCCGUGCGCCCCGCCGUACGACUCCCUGCAGACCUACGCCUACGAGGGCGAAGGCUCGGUGGCCGAGUCGCUCAGCUCGCUCCAGUCGGGAACGUCCAACACCGACCACGAGUACGACUAUCUCAAUGACUGGGGGCCUCGCUUCAAAAAGCUAGCCGAGAUGUACGGGGUGCUGGAUACAAACAAUCCUCCUCUGUGGUAG